GCAACUCACUCACUCAGUAAUAACAGUGGGGAUUAACUACCUCGGAUCAAUAAUUUCAAGUUGUAACGGUCUAACAAAACUGUAAAAAUGGCGACAGCCACGUUCACUCCCCAUCAUCAACUACACAAUAAGCCACAACUUCACUAGCAAAGAACAGCACAAAGUACCAACAACAACAAGGACAACAACGACUAUCUUACCAUCACUCCAUGACACUGUUGAUUCAAACCCAUAAUCAGUACCCAUUCAUCAAUACAUGGACAACAUCCCCAGAACUCUGUCUGGGUUCUCCCAAUCUACACCAUAUCUUCUCGUUCCAUUCAUACUUCUCCUGAUUUCCACUGGAUUCGCAUCUGGGUUUGGAUCAAUGGGGCCAAUCUCCGCCGCGUUCGGCCAAGAUGGCUUCUUCUGCGCCAUCGAUGCCAGCGGCAAACAAGCCGUUAUCUGUUGGGGCAAGAGCAACACCACCUUGACCUCGUCUUCUUCAUCGUCAUCAUCGUCAAACCCGUCUGGCUAUUCCACCAACAUUCCGCCGAUGGCUGCACUCUCUGGCGGCGACGGCUUUAUGUGUGGCAUUUUGGCGAACACUUCGCAGGCCUAUUGUUGGAAUUUGAUCGGUUCAGGCACUGAUCUGGUCCCUCCGGUCUUUAGAACCAACGCUUAUUCGCAUAUCGCUGCCGGUAAGAAUCAUGUCUGUGCUAUUAGAGGUUCUUAUUAUUCCGAGAAUGAUUCGGGUAGUGUUGAUUGUUGGGACAUUGUUAGAACUUCAAGCAAUAGUUUGACUUCUAAACAGAGUGAUAUGUUUUAUGAUCAUACUAUGACUGAACUUGUUUUCAAAAAGAUUGUUUCUGGUGAAGGGUUUAGUUGUGGUAGUGUUAGAGAAGGUGGUGUUGUCUGUUGGGGGCCUAAUUCAGCAAGUUUAGGUGUUUCUGGGGUAUCAGAUGAAUUUGUAGCCUUAGCUUCAGGAACGGGUUCUCUUUGUGGGGUGUCUGAAGCUUCUGGUGAGGUCAAAUGUUGGGGUGAAGCUGAUUCAUUUCUGGCUCCUCCGUUUGGAACUCGAUUCGUGUCCUUGACAGCUGGGGCGCAAUAUUUUUGUGGGAUUCGAGAAGAUAAUCAUGGGAUUGAGUGUUGGGGGAGCUUUAAUUCAUCUUUGAUCCCAAAGAGUUCUGGGUUUUUCGCAAUUGGUUCUUCUGAUCUCAUUACUUGUGGUAUUAGAGAAGAUAAUUUGGUUCUUGAUUGCUGGUUUGCUAAUGUAUCGUCAUCCCCUGACUAUGAUCCUCCAUUGCAGCUGUGUAGUCCGGGUCUAUGCACCCCUGGUUCUUGUGGUCAAGGGAAGUUUACAUUCAAUGCUAGUAUUCUCGAUGAGCCAGAUUUGACUAGCUUGUGUCUUCGGAAAGAUCUAAUGAUUUGUUCUCCUUGUGGGUCCAAUUGUUCUGAAGGAUCCUUCCUUUCUAGUUCAUGCAGUGCGAAUGCUGAUAGAGUAUGCACGGCUUGCUCUCUUUGCCAGAACAGCUCUUGUUGGGAUGUUUGUAGGCUUCAAUCAUCGGUAGAUGUUCAGCGAAAGCAUCAGCAUCAAUUGCACAAGUUACUGAUUAUAGUUGCAUCUUCUGUUUCAGGUUUCCUUUUGCUAAUAAUUGGCUGGUGGCUUUUUCCCCGUGUGAUUGCCACCAAAAAUGAAGAAGGGACAAAGAAACAAUUUGCAUCCUGCAUAUGCAAACCGGAGUUGGAAACUGAAGCUAAUAUAGACUCAUAUCCUUUUGUUUCUGUGGCCUCCUGUCCUGGAGAGGCACAAGUUUUCCGUCUCUCGGAGCUGAAGGAUGCCACUAAUGGGUUCAAGGAGUUUAAUGAGCUUGGCAGAGGAAGCUAUGGUUUUGUUUACAAGGCUGUUCUUGCAGAUGGGAGGCAAGUGGCUGUCAAGAGGGCCAAUGCUGCCACCAUAAUCCACACUAAUAGCCGGGAAUUUGAAAUGGAGUUGGAAAUCCUUUGCAAUAUACGGCAUUCAAAUAUUGUGAACUUGUUGGGAUACUGCACAGAAAUGGGGGAAAGGUUGCUUGUUUAUGAGUUCAUGCCCCAUGGGACACUUCAUGACCACCUCCAUGGAGGGCUUUCUCCUCUGAACUGGAGCAUCAGGUUGAAAAUUGCAAUGCAGGCUGCAAAGGGGCUUGAGUACCUUCACAGGGAAGUUGUACCUCCAAUUGUCCAUCGGGACGUUAAGAGUUCAAAUAUUCUUUUGGAUGCUGAUUGGGGAGCACGAAUUUCAGAUUUUGUCCUUCUCACUCCAAAUGAGAAGGAUAUCCGCGAAGACGUGAGAACCGAUGUCUACAACUUUGGGAUUGUACUGCUGGAGAUUCUUAGUGGAAGGAAAGCUUAUGAUAGAGAAUGCAAUCCUCCAAGUAUAGUUGACUGGGCAGUACCUCUUAUAAGACAAGGUAAGGCAGCUGCCAGCAUUGAUCAGUAUGUGGCUCUUCCAAGAAAUGUUGAACCUCUGCUUAGACUAGCUGAUAUAGCAGAGCUUGCUGUAAGGGAAAAUUCUAGUGAGCGUCCUACUAUGUCAGAUGUUGCACUCUCUUUGGAACUACUCGUGAAGGAUGGGUUGAUCUUGUAGUUUCAAAUUGGAUGCUUAUUUAUUCAUUGUGAUUGAGUUAUUUGAUAAACAUAGACGUGAGAUAGCAGCCUCUGGUGAGUAGUGCUCUCCUGCAACUGUACAUUUGUUAUGGGCUUCUUGUACAUUGCAUUGCUUACCAACUCACCCCUUUUUCUCCCAAAUAAAAAAGAAAAUUCUUUUUA